UAGACCGGAAAACGUGCUUGUUUUGCCAUCUCUAUCGCAUUGCAUUUUCAAUAAUUCCAAUUGGAUUUGUUUGUUAUGCCGAAGCAGCUGAUUGUUAAGAGUAAAAAAUAAAAUUGGUUAACUGCCACGAAAUAAAGUGUUAAUCAUCAGGUGCACGAUUUAUUAGUGCUUAUCGUGAAUUUCUAUUAGCUGUGAUAAGACAAAGAUAUAUUCAUAGCAUUGAAAAGUUCUAAAGCGUAAAACAUAGCAGGUUGUUGAAAGAAAUUGAUAGAUUCUAUUGACAAUAAAUUCGUAAGCGUGUACAUCUCGCCUAUGAGGCGCCAGUAAGUUUGCAACCGGAGAAUCGAUAAACAGAAAGUGUCAGUUAUUAAAUCCAUAAAUACUUAUGACGUCGCGGCAGAUUCUAAGAAUUUCAUAAUCUUAGCUAAAGUAGUUUCAGAUAUCAUAAACAAAACUGCAAUGAAUAAGCAAGUGAUAACAUUUUGCGUGUCGAUCUUGAUAGUGUUAGACAGUGGUUAUGCUGAUACUAAUGACCCACUGAUCUUUUCCACUAAUGACUGCGAGUUAACAGAGCCAGUUUAUGGGGAGAAAUUCAACCUCAAAGCCUUACAUUCCGACAUUGCAAAGGUUGUGAAGAGCGACAAGGACGACACAUUCGAGUACAAUAUUUGUGGCAGUUUGGGCCGGGCAUGUAAUGGUGAUAACAAUGCGUCUGCUUGCCUUAGGAGGGGCAACCAGGAGUUUGUGCUCGGCACUCAACACCAAUUAAACUAUUGGCGUGGCAAAAUGUACUUUGAAUUUAGUAAUGGCGCCAAGUGUCCCAGCGGCGAUGGCGAGUUUAAAUUGUUUGUGUACCUUGGCUGUGACUACACAUUGGAUGCUGAACAAUCGAAAGUGACAUCAUAUUCCGCCGAUGCGUGUAACUUCUAUAUAUCAUUAGAGACACCAUAUGCCUGUUUGCCUGAACCCGAAACGGUUAAAUCAAAUGGUUGCAGUGUGCAGGACCCCGUUAAUGGACACAAUUAUGAUCUGCUUGCGUUGAGUGACUUUAAUUAUAGAACACGCGAUCGACAGGGCAAUGUGUUUGUGGUGAACAUUUGCAAGCCAGUGCUGUAUGGUGAGAAUGCAAUGUGUCCCAAAGCGAGUAGUGUAUGUUUAGUAAAAUUAAACUCCACUGACUACAAACAACGGUUUGUUGACUAUGGUACCGUGCAGCCUAAUCCUAUAUUAGAAAAUGGCAAUUUGAUCAUGCGGCUGCCAUCCCCAACACCUUAUAAUGCGACACAUAAUUACUCCUCAACAAUACAUUUCAUAUGUGAUAAUGAGAUAAAGAGUUCAAAAUUGUCAUUUAUUGGCGCCAAAGAGAACGUGUAUGAAUUUUCGUUUACCACGUCUUUGGCCUGUAAUAACAAUCCACCAUGCACUACGAUAACCCAUGGCAAUGAAGUUUUGGAUAUGCGAUCGCUGCAGGGUAAGACAUACGAGCUGUCGAUGCCUUCAAAUAAAAAUUAUACGUUCGGCAUCUGUUCGAAUGCGGGUCAUCCGUGCUUGUCAAAUGAUGGCGCUUGCCUCGUCGAGAACCAACAGACCACCAGUAUGGGCCAAAGCAAUUCACAACUACGUUCCGAUCGUUCCGGCUCACCAUAUUUGCUGUACACCGAUGGAGCACUUUGUGAUGGCCAAAACAAGUGGUCGACGAGAAUUGAGUUUGUCUGUGCCAAUAAUGCGACCAAAGACAAUGGGACAGCGACUGGCAGCGGCGACAGCAACACCAGCAAUGCAUUGGGUCCGAAAAUAAUCGAAAAUAAAAAUUGCCAACUACUAAUUCACUUUCAAACACCAUUCGCUUGUCAUGAGCAGAUUGCCUGCAAAGUCAAAGUCUAUGUUGAGCAUUCGGAGGAUGGAACCAGCGAGGAGGUGGUCGAUUUGACGCCAUUGAUUAGUGCAACGGACAACUAUGAAGCCGAAAUUAAUAACGCAUCGAUAACGGAACAACAAGUGCCUAAAUCGACCAAGUUUUUCCUCAAUGUCUGCCGUCCGUUGGUGCCGAAAUACGGCUUGGGUUGCACGGGUGGCUCGGCAGCCUGCAUGGCUAAGGUGGAUUCGUCGUCGGCGACACCGGAGGAGGAGAAGAGUCUUGGUUUCCCAAUGGCCUCGUUGGUCGCCUACAAUCGCACCGUCGCGGAAUUACGUUAUCUGCGCGGCAGCGCUUGCCCCACGGACAGCAAUACGGAACUCUCCUCUAGUAUUAAAUUCAACUGUGAUAUGCGCGCCGGUCUGGGCAAACCAAUUCUGCAGACAAUUACAGAUUGUUAUUACGAAUUCCAGUGGACGACGAACGUUAUAUGUCCCUCACAUAUGUGCACUUUUAAUGAGGAGACUUGCGAAAUAAUUAACGAUGACAUUCAUUUCAAUUUCGAACUGAAAAAGGCGAAUUUCACCGACGCUGGUCAAAUAAAGAUUCCCAACGGUAAUGAUGAGUUUACACUCAACAUUUGUGGUAAUCAUCGCAUAGCUGAAACUGAUUACUCUCAGGGUUUGGUGAAUUUAUUCUUCACUACAGAGGCGCCAUGCGGCAACUCAAAUGUUCAGCUGCGUCUAAUUUGUAGUGGUGACACUAAGCGCGUUAUCAACUAUGACAAUGCGGGCAAGGAAUGCAACUUGGUCGUGCACCAGAGCACGCCGGAUAUCUGCAAAUUCCUCAGUCGAGCGGUGCCGCCGGCGGCGCAGGACUCGGCCGUUAGCACCACAAUUGCAACACCAACAACUACAACAACGACAAAGAGCAGCACAGCAGCACCAGCAGGCGGCGUAGAUAAUGGCGGCGCACAUCCUGCCGAGCAAACUGGCUCCAUUGGUGCUAUAUUGGCCGCCAUACUAUCGCUGACUUGCUUCGUCGCUUGCCUUGGCGUGUUUGCCUUUUCGCCGGAGCGCCGGAACAGCGUGAGGCGCUUGUUUAGACGCACUACAUCGGCGGUGCGUUACUCGCGGGUAAGUUUUGUAGGAAGGGAAGGUUCAAUCUAAUGAGGAAGCGAACCUGUUGCUCGAGACAAAUGGCGAAUUUACGGACAGUGAUGAUGAACUACUGCUCUAGAGCAAAUGCGAAACACUACUUAACUACAACAAGGAUUUCAGAAAACUCACUACAAUAUUGUACACUGUGAACAAACACGAAAACUAUUUUUAAUAACAACAAAUAAUAAUCUUUUAUGUAUUUUAAAAAAGCUUAACAAAAUUAUUGUACUGAGAACGUUAUGAGCUGAAAAUCUGAAAUAUUCAAUGCGAGCUUCUUUUUGCCACAUAAGCCUCAAACCUGAAACAAGAAUUGAAGAUAAUUCAACAAAGAAAGUCUAAAAAACACCAAAGAGGAAAUAUAAAAAAAAAACAAAAUUAAUAAAAAAUAUGAAAAAAUAAAUAUAUACAUAUGUAUAUAACAAAAAAUAUAUAUAUAUAAACAAAACGGAAAAAUAAAUACUUAAUUAUAUAAAUAAAAGCUGAAAAUACAAAAUAAGAAUAAUCAGCGAUUCUAAAUCAGAUCGAAGAGAAUAUAUUAUAUUAUAUGUAUUAUUGUAUGAGCGAAAUUUUUAAGCAUUUUUUAAACUUAUAGUGUAUUACACACACACAUACGAAAACGAAAUAUUUUGAAAACAAACUUGUAUAAGUGUUUGUGAACUGUGAAUGUGCAGCUUGGAAUGUUAAGAAUUGGAGAUCUCUUUUGUGUAUAAAUCAUAAACGUAAAAAAAUACCUUUUAAAUUAUAAAUGUGCGAGUGUAAGCAUACCUUUAUAUGUAUGUUAUGAAAAGUAAAAUGGAGUUAGAGGCAAGAAAGAAACUAAAACUAUAUUUUUUCAAGAGUUGCAAGCGUAUGCCAUUGCAUUUUAUCAUAAGUAUUUCGAUAAAAAAGAUAUUAUAUAAAAGACAUACAAUAUUGUAAGCGCAUUAUGGCAUACAUGCUUCGUAUAAACGUAUGUAUGUAUGCAGUGAAGCUAUGCGCUUAGGCUUCUGCAAGUACCACUGAAGUUUUUGCGACCUAAAGAUCUACAUCAACACCUUGAUAUAUUACACAUAUACACACAUAUACCUAAUUACAUAUUGCAGCUUUAAUUGUGAUUGCAACGCACACACAUACAUACAUACAUACUUACAUUUACAUAGCUAUAUUAAUGCGUGUUGCCACCUUUUAGUCAACUUUUGUAAUGCUUAAACACUACAACUAUGUACGUGUGUUUGAGCACAAAUUUAUUCCUAUUUAUCUCUUAAAUAAUAUUCGAUAUUUCUGUAUUUAUCGCCACUAUGUACUUAAUUACAAAUAUGAAUUCAAACUAAGCUCUCAUUUGAUUGAAAUAUGAAUAAAGUUCUAAGCGUAUAUAUGAA